AUGAAGGAUUACAGGGUUCAAGUUGUCAUCAAGAGUACAUCGGAAUUGUUUGCUGGACAUCCGAGCCUCGUACGAGGUCUUAGUACAUUCCUGCCUGAGGGAUACCAAAUUGAAUGCGACCCUAGCAAUGAUCCUGUCGAAAAUAACGCAUUAACGCCAACACAAACUGAACAAUGGGCUGUUAUAAAUGAUGUUGCGCCUCAGCAGCCAGAUGCUGCUGAGUCAUUCGACUUAUCAACGAUGAUGGGUCCAUGGAGCACGAGCCUGCCGCCCCCUCAAAUGCUCGCCAUAUUAAUACAACCGCCAGAACUCACUCGGCAGAAAAUAGAACUGUUUCCCCCCAUCGUGGCACAGCUGUUACAGCCCGAGGACAUGCUAAACGUCUGGGCUAUCGCGACGCUGCUUAGAAAUGGCACAGAUGUUACACAUCAGCUCGGGGGAGAACUCAUUCAAUCUCCCAUUGGCGGAACCUUUCAUUUCUCUGGGCUGACAAACCAUGAAGAAGGAGUGUAUUGCGUCAGGAUAUGCAUAUAUCAAAUGGAUUUCGACUCUUGUCCCAAAGGUGUUGCUCAGGUCGGGUGUGUGGAUAGCAAUGAUAUCAUUAUAGCACCUCGACCUGACUUCAUGGCAAUCUCUCUAUCCAUUGGGGAUGUUACAGCUGCUCAAGACUCUCCAUGGGUCGCACAACCACUAUUGUGUCAAACAGUGGAUGCCAGCACAUGCAUAGACGAUCACACCGGUUACUUUCCGAAUUUGAAAAUUCAUACAAGUUCAUCUAUUACAAAUAUAAAGAAGAUCGAGUAUUCGAAGUAUAUGGUAAUAAAACCAGUUUCCGAUUUCAUGCUGCAGACUGCAAAUUUGGAACAUGGACUCUCCAACUUCGGAUAUGGGUUGUUUCGGGAUGAGGGCGUAGUAUGGCUUGAUGAUGGGGAGAUUGAACGGACUGAAGGCCUAGAUGAGUCAGUCUUGCUUGGUGAUGAUGGGGAACUGUAUAGCAAAAGGACAGAUGGUGUGUUUAACGGCUUAUUUGUCGGGUUGGAGAGAAGGGUGACGACAGUAGUGACUGGCGACAAUAGCGUCAUGUGCAUUGCGCAUAAUGUUUUGAUUAACUGAGAAAGAGUUUGGAAGAUGAGAUACACGGCAGCAGUUGUUUAUUUGCUGUUGAACGGAAGCCAGACCUGGAUGGCGAACCAGAACAUCGAAGAAUCUCCUGUCUCAACAUAUGUUGCUCUGCAACACUCCAUCUGUGAAGUCGACGAGCGAAAUCAACGACCUCCACCAAUAAUUCUGCAACAGUCGCAACAAUGAUCUCGUACACAACCUAGGGAGCAGCUGCAGUAUCUCCUCCUUCGUCACCAAAGAUAGGUCGGUGGCGGGUGGUGAGAGGAGGGUCCAUCGGGUGGUGCAGGUGGCAUAUAUCUGGUGGAUCAGUGGAUACGCGGACCCUCAUCUGGAGGUGGAUACCAAGCUCGAGACGCCAAAAAUUACCGUCUCUAGAGGAAUUAGAUCUCUUUGACAUUUUCAAAUAGUCGUAGCUUGCCAUGAAAUGCCAGCGACAGUCUACGACUCUCUAUUUCUAGUUAUAACUCUCAAAGCGCAACAUGAGCAACGUACAGAAACGUCAAAGCCAGAAUUCAUCUAGAAGGAGAAGCACUUUGACCAACAAGCAUAUGAGUACGCAGUAUUAUACGGUGCAGAUGUUUCCUUGAUCAUCUAUCAGAAGGGGCGUUAUUAUACUUACGUAUCUCCUGGCAACCCAUGUUUUCCACCAUCCAAGAAAGAAAUCAUGGAUUCUUUCCCAAUCCCUAUAAAUAUGUUGCCACAUGACGCCGACACGAAAUGUCAACGGAAACGCAAUCCAGAAGAUCCAGAGCAAGUGGGAAGUAGAGAGUAGGGGUGCGCAGGUACGAAUAUUGCCACGGCGUUAAGAAGACGGGAUGAGGCCCUCACCCCAUGAUGUUGCUAUGGUUGGCUCUAGAUAGUGCAGAGGUUGUAUAAGCGACUUCAUUUCAUAUCUGGUGUCGUUCAUAAGUCAGGCUCUGAGUCCUCGCCUGAAUCAGGACAGGUCAUCUUAUUAAAUUUUAAGACUGCUGUCUUGCAUUUGUCGAAAUCUGCCUGUUCAAAUGUGAAGAAGAGACUGCCAACGACGG